AUGCGAGCUGAUGUCAGAAUGGCCAAGCGACAGCAGAUCACUGACACUAUGCUUGAAUUAGAGCAGGCUGCGAAAUGCGGGGACCAGGGCGGCAUAUAUGUUGCUGUUCGCAAACUCGCGCCCUGGAAGCCGGCUGCUAAGCCCAGCAUCCGAGGAAAGUCGGGGGAAUUUCUAACACCAGCACAACAACUUCGAGAGCUUUGCAGGCACGCCACGGCGAAGUUUUGUCAGGGAACUGACUACCAACCCAAGGGCAUUUUGCACGAAGGUGUCCAGGUCACCGUGGAACAAUUACAACAGGCCUUGCAGCGCCUACCGAUCCGCAAGGCUGCACCUCCCACUGCCGCUCCGUCUGCACUCUGGAAGAACAGCGCUGCUGAGCUCUCAAAGCUCUUCUGGAAGCCACUCUCCGAGGCAUGGGGGCCUGGAGCUGAGGGAAGUGCACCCUCCAUCUGGAAGGAUGCGAACAUGGUAUGGAUGCCGAAGCCUCAAAAGGAUAGCAGUAUACUUGCCAAUCUGCGACCCAUUGGUCUCGUGCAUCCUAUGGGUAAGCUCCAAGCUGAUCCGGAGCUGGUGCACUUGAUCAUGCAUAUGCAACAUGAGGCCCAGUACUGGAACAACGUCGGAGCCGACACCCGGCCCGUCACACCAACACAAGGGAUCAAACAAGGAUGCUGCAUUGCACCGUAUCUCUUUGUAGCUUACACCAUCAUGGUGAUGGAUAAGCUAAGUGCGCAGAUGGCACCUGGCUGGCAGGACGAUGGUCUCACUUGGUACGCCGACGAUGCCUUUGCUGCAUGGUUGGUUCGGGGAGUCGAUGACUUACGUCAGGCACUCAGUGACAUCCACACAAUCAUCAGUGUGCUCCGAGACCAUGGCAUGGAAAUCCAGCCGGACAAAUGUGCAGUCCUUCUAAAUUUGCAUGGGAAGGAGAAGUCCAAGAUCCUGAAACAUCGUAUU